GUUACCAAAGCGGUAUUGCUGACUCCGUCUCUCCGCUGAGCCGAUGUAAACAAACCGAAGUGUGUGGCACACUGAGAGGCCAGGUGCCCCUCGGCCUGCUGGAUUAAGAUUGGCAAAAUGGCUCCUUCAGCGCUGUCAUCUGAGGUUGAGAAAAGGGUGAUUCAGUUGUGUGAGGAGUUCAAGCAAGGCAUCAACUACCAGAUAAUCCAGAACGACAUGCCGGAGCUGAAACAGGAGCAGGUGGUGGACGUCAUCAACAAGCUGCUGGCAAAUAGCCGGAUUGACAUGCUAAAGAAGGAUGACGGAGCACUGGUGUUCAAGCUGCGAGACCCCGGCAGCCUCCACCGCAUCAAGGGAGCUGAGCCAGAGGAGCAGGUGGUGUACAAGAUUAUCGAGGAGCACGGCACGCAGGGCAUCUGGGCGCGGGAGAUCCGAUCCAAGAGCAACCUGCAUCUCAACACAGUGGAGAAGGUGCUGAGGAAACUGGAGAGCAAGAAGUUGAUCAAGAGUUUUAAUUCAGUCGCUGCUCCCAAGAAGAAGACGUAUCUUUUGUAUGACCUUGAACCUGACCGCUCCCUGACUGGAGGCGCAUGGUACUCAGACCAACACUUUGACUCAGAGUUUGUGGACAUCCUCAACCAACAGUGCUGGAGGUUUUUAGAGCAGAGGAUGGUGCGGGCCAGGCAGGUGGCAGGUGGCCCCAUUGCAGUGAGAAAUGCUUCUUACAUCUCCUCCAAGGAAGUCCUCAAACACAUCAAUGAACUGGGCAUUACUAAGGUCCAGCUGAGCAUUGAUGACAUUGAGACCAUUCUGGAGACCCUGGUGUUUGAUGGGAAGGUGGAGCACUCUGUUGCCUCCGAUGGUGCCCAGGGACUGAAGCUGUACAGGGCCGUCACUUCCUUCCUGCCAACGCCUUCCCUCAUGACUAUACCCUGUGGUGUGUGUCCGCUGAUCAAGCAGUGUGACGAUGUGGGGGACGUGACGCCCACCAAGUGCCGCUACAUGAAGGAAUGGCUCAACCUGGACUGGUGAGGUGCGGCAGUGGUGGUGGCGGCGGUGAUUGGGUAACAGUGCUGUGAUCUUUUGUAAUGCUGCUGUUAGUGAGGCAAAUGUUGUAAAAGUGGUAAGAGAGGAGAGGAAUUUGAUGAUUAAGAAGGUGGUGUGUGGGAGAGACUCUGCAUUCUGGACUGUUGGGGGAAGAUAUGAAUGAGGAAGUGAGAAGAGAGAACUGAAGUGAUCUCUUGUUAUGUUGUCAGUGAGGGAAGUGCUUUAAAGUGGAUUGUAGAUUGCAAAGAAUGGGAAGCUGAACUGAUGGAGGGGUACAAGACCACAGAGAUGCAAGAGUUGGCUUUGGGAGGGAACUAAAAGGGAUGUAGAAUAGGGAGAGGAGGUAGGAACUAGAUCUUUAAAAGGCACAGAUGGCUAGGAAGGCAGUGUGUGAGGGAGACUUUGUACUCUGGACUGUUGAGAAGGAUGAAGAUAUGAAUGAGGAACUGAUAAGAAAGAAUUGAGGUGAUCUUUUGUAAGUUUUAGUAAAUAUUGUAAAACUAGAAAGAGAAGGUAGGAAUUAGCUAAUUAAAAGACAUAGAUGGUCAAAGAUAUUGCAUUGGAGUACUGAGUUUAGUAAAGUGUUUGUGGAGAGUGUGAAUGAGAGAAUAAGAGAGAGAGAACUGAAGUGACAGCACCAUUCCGCCUUCAUACAAAUCCUUUCUUCCUGUGUGUGUAUAUUUUGUGUGGUGGCAAGACAGAGACAGAGUGAAGCAAAUACACAUUCUGUUCACUAGUGCUGUAUAAUUACCACAUGCCAGAUGUAGCAAACCUAACUUAACCUGUGCUGUAUAGUAUACUUUAAAAUUGGAAUCAUACAAGAAAGUACAGCUUCCACCACUGAAAUGUUGAUCUCUGGAGCUGGUGAGAAGUGGCAAAGGCAAGGAGUGUACAUCAGCAAUAGGCAAGCCAGAUCAGUGUAGAUGUGGAGACAAGAACACACAAGUACUGGUCAUAACCUGAAUACAAGAAUACAGCACACUUUAAUGUUUUUCUUUAGUGUGUCAUCAGAGGAGAGUGUGAGGGAAGCUAAUGUUUGUGUGGAAACUGUUGUCAUGUUAUUGUUUGCCUCCCUGCUGUGUGAAAAGUGAGGCAAAGAUACAGAUUGUUCUCCUCUCUUCUUCCUUUCCUCAGUGUGUCAAUACUGAGGGUAAAGAUUUUUGUUCUUUCCUCAGUGUGUGAAUAUAGAUAAAGAGAUACAA